AUGCCAGUGCCACAAACCCCUGAUCGCACACAUGGACCAGGCGAGUGCGCAACCGCGGGCUCCUGCUCGCCCCGCCCUUUCACCCUCCGGCCAGCUCAACAGUGCAGCUGCGCCUCAGUGCGCUUGCGUGAGGCAGAAACUGGCGCGUUGCCCUGUGACGGACGGCUGCAGCUCAGUGCGCCUACGCGGCGGAGGCCCUGGCGGGGUGGAGGGUUCCAGCCUGACCCUAAGGAACCCUGGGGCCCCAGACGCUGGCAAAGCUUCUUUGUUUUGGGGUGCGGGGAUCACAGGUGUGUGCCACCGCACCACGUCCAAAGCUCCUUAAAAGAGGGCUCGCAGGUGGUGCUAAAUUUCCACCCUGCCCUGAUCUUGUUCAUCUUUGAGUACAAGAUGUCUGGAGGCCACAGGUCCAUCUUCGGGGAUCAGCAGGAACUUCUGGGAUCUAAAAUUGCCGUGACCGUUCCCAUGACCAUAAUGGGAAAGAUUCAUAAAAGGAAUGAACAGAAGUGGCGCCUGAAUCCCCAGGAAGACCUCUGCCCCUCCCGGGAAACACAGAUGUUCCUCCCUCCUUACCCUACCCGUCUCCUCUCAGCUCUUUUACCCUGUAUCUAUAACCUCCCAAACCCCAAGGGUAGAAAAGCUGGUUUGUAAGUUUAUC